AUGAGUUUGUCAUCUACACAACUAGAACUUUUGAAAAAAGAAAUCAAAGAAAGAGAUCAACAAAUUGAUUUACUCAAUGCAUUUAUAAAUAAGGAUCCCGAAUUACUGUCUUCGUGUUUGAUUGUUCAUGGAUAUAAAGCAGUUGGAAAAACAUUAACUGUUAGAAAAUUCUUAGACGCUUUAGGAGUAACAUAUACACAUAUCAACUGUGAUCAAUGUGUUUCGAAGAAAAUGUUAUUACGUCGAUGUUUUGAUAACUUCCGUGUCGAUAGUGGCUACUUUAAUAGAAAAGAGAUUGGCACGAGACUGGACUUUCAAACUUAUGGAAGCACAGGUGAUAGUUUUGCAUCGUUUAUUUCAAACUUGGAGAAAUUUGUUGACAAAUAUAAAUAUACUCAACAUCAUAUUUUGGUACUAGAUAGAAUUGAUGAAUGUUUUGAGUAUGUGGGAGAUAUUUUGGCUGCUUUUACCAGACUAAGAGAGUCAUCAUCUAAAUUGCAAAAUUUGACUGUGAUUGCUAUUAUUUCAGGUGAAGAUCCCAAAGAGAUUGUCACGUUAUCUAAUCCACAUAUUUAUUUCAGAACUUAUAAUGAAGAAGAAAUUGUCAGAAUUUUACAAGAGAAACGUUCUUGUCAAUUCUAUGUGGAAGUAGAAGAUGACCCUAAAGAUUUUUAUAACCAGUACGUGAAAGCGGUGGUAGAUCUGUUUUAUCAGUAUACUGGAUCAGACAUCUCGUUAUUAAUCAAUGUUAUUCAGCGAUUAUGGGAGCCGUUUAUUGAACCUAUUAAAGAAGGCAGAUAUAAAGUGACAGAAUUUGUCAAAGUAUUUAAGGAAAACAUUGAUUUGUUUACCAAUGAAGAUGUUGUAAGUAAUUCAGGAGUAAUUGAGUUUAAGACCUUGCAAAUGGAACAAGAAAGGUGUGAUGCUAAUGGCGGUCAUGUUCAUGAUUUACCAUUACAUUCCAAAUUUUUAUUGCUUGCGUCUUAUUUGGCAUCGUAUUGUCCACCAAGAGAUGAUAUCCAGAAGUAUUCCAAGAUUAAAGUGGCCAAGUACAAGAAAAGACAAACGAAAUCAUCAAAGGUUAACAAACAGGGAGGUGGUCAUUUGAGAAAGGGUGACAUUGAUACAAGAAUGUUGACUGCAAAUUUCACGGAUCUUGAAAGAAUUUUAGCAAUUUUGUCAGUUAUUUACAGAAACUAUGCGCCUUCUUUGAACAAAUCAGAUAAAGAUGAUUUACUUUACAUGGACGAAGAGAUCAUUGAUAACGAAGAAAAGAGAGCUGUUGAAAAGUCAAAGUUUACAUUGACCAGAAAUAUCGAUUUAACUAGUCAAAUUGCUACAUUGUUUUCUUUAGGUUUAUUAAGCAAAACAACGGCUUCUGAUAUUUUAGCUGCAAAAGUCAGAUGGAGAUGUAAUAUUGAUUGGCAUACCGCAGAAAGCCUUGCUAAAUCAUUGAAUUUCCCAAUUGAGGAAUUCCUAAUAGAAGAAUAG